AUGUCUGGAGUUUUAUUAUUGCAAUCUUCCCCGCCUAAAUUAGAAGAUAUUCAGAAGAAAAUAUUUAAUAAAGGCGCUCUCGAAUUUUUAGCGAAUUUACAUAGAGAGUUUGAUUGUAAAGUUGAUCAACUUUACAAAAAUAGAUUGAAAACUUCAGUCAUUUUAAAAUCGGGUGUAUCUUUAAAUUUUAAAGAAUCUCCCGAACGAAAAGACUUAUCGUGGAAAGUUGCUCCUUUACCAUCGAGACUUCAAAAUCGUCACUUAGAUUUAGGUGAUGUGUCUGCAGCAAAUGCUGCGCACUUUUCUGCUGCAUUGGAAUCGGAUGUUCAGGGAAUUCAAGUAGACUUUGAUGAUGGACACUGCCCGACAUGGAGAAACCAAUUGCUAGCAUAUAAUAAUAUAAACCUUGCUAUUCAUGGGAAUCUUCCUGGGGCACCUAUUAGUAUCACGACAUGCCCCAUUUUAAUGCUACGACCAAGAGCCUGGAAUAUGAUAGAUCAUGAUAUUUUAAUUGAUGGCAAAGAAGCUAUUGGGCCAUUGGUCGAUUUUGGUAUUCUUAUGUACCACAAUGCCAAGAAAUUGUAUGAAGCAAACUGCGGCCCUUACUUUUAUUUAUCUAAACUGGAAGGGGCAUCAGAGGCACAACUCUGGAAUGAAAUCUUUGUAUGGACUCAAACUCAACUUAGUAUUCCAAUAGGAACAAUAAAAGCAUGUGUUUUGAUAGAAAAUAUUGUAUCAACUUUUGAAAUGGAUGAAAUAUUGUUUGCAUUGAAGGACCACUGCAUAGGUUUAAAUUGUGGCAUAUGGGAUUAUUGUGCUUCGAUUGUCGCUAAAUUUGGAGAUCGUAAAGAUUUUUUACUGCCUGACAGGAAUAAAUAUGUAAAUAUGGAUCAAAAAUUUCUCAACAGUUACAUGAAAAUUGUUGUAAACACUUGUCAUGCGAGAGGUGCUUUGGCUACAGGAGGCAUGGCUGCAUCAAUGCUAAAACCAGGCACAGACGGCUCUGAUGAUUUGUCAAAGAUCAUUUUGAACAAAGUUCUCGAAGCAAAGCUGAAAGAAAUCGAAGCGGGAGUGGACGGUUUCAUGGUCUACGAUUCUCGUAUAGUACCGUAUGUUAAUGAGCUUUGGAAGAAAAGCGGCGCUACUCCUAAUCAAAUUCAUCGUAUAUUAGACAUUAAUGUUACACCAAAAGAUUUAUUGUUAAUACCAAGCGGAGGAGUUACAAUGCAAGGACUGAAACACAACGUAGCAAUAACAAUUUUGUUCAUUUACCACUGGCUGGCGGGAAUCGGACAUUUCUUUUACAGUGGUAAUGUUGAAGACUCGGCUACUGCGGAAAUUUCUAGAGCUCAGAUCUGGCAGUGGAUUAGAUUUUCUCCGGCUUUAGAAGACGAAACAAAGCAACAAGUUACGCUGAAAUUGGUAGAGAAAGUCGCGUCUAAUUUCACUGCGCAUGCACAUAAGAAUCUCUGUCGUUCCAGCGCUGAGAGAAAACGACUCACAGCAGCCAAGUAUAUGAGUUUGGAGUUAUUUUUAUGUCGUAACCCACCCGAGUUUAUUACUUCAUAUCUUAACGAUAACCAUAAAUUUAGAACAUUACAUAAUAAAUCCCUUUUGAGUAACCUUUAAUAUUGUGAUUUAUUUAUUUUUUAUAAUCUAAUAGAAAUCAUAAUAUAAUAAAAA